CAUCGUCCCUCCUCACCAUGUGUGUUUGACGUCACAAACUUAGGAGGGGCUCCUCCGUGAGGCUGCUUGCUGUUUGUGGUGCUGAAACAACGCCUGAAUUGUGUUGCCUUUUAACCAAUUUCUGUUUUUGCUCUCGCGCUUCCCCCCCCCCCUAAAAACAUGCGUGUUUAAUCCGAGAGUCUCCACCGAGCAGCUGACACCUGGGGCGGCGGUAAAACACGCGUUUCUAGCGGGGUUAAGAGAUGGAUUAGCACCGCAAUGAACACAGGCAGGAGCGGUAUGGAUUCACGGUGGUGUCCCGUCCUCGUCGCUGCAUUGGCGGUCAGCCUCUGCUCCUCACCUGCCCUGGCUGACAGAACAUUUGGUUGCCUGUUUGAAGACGAGCUCUGUACGACCUAUGAGUUCUGCAUCGACGAUGGAGUGUUUGGAAGAUGCCAGCAGCUCGCCCAUGCAGACCUCAACACAUACGAUAUUUCUCCGUCUGCUCUGCAGCGCCUCAGGAUCCUGCUGCAGAAACUGGCUCACAGAGGUUUGACCUGGCAGGACGACCUCACACAGCAGGUCAUCUCUAGAGAGCUCUCCAAACUGAGGAGCGUCCCUCGCCAUCAGGCCACGCUAUCGAGCCCUCUGGCCGCCCUCAGCAGAUCCAGGGAGCGCAAACCGAGGCCCACGCAGGCCCAACUCAACGGACACCUGCAGCAGUACCUGACGGGUCUCGGCUUCCUGCAGCAUCCUGAGGAUUAUGGACGACCAGGGAUCCACGGAGAGGAAGACAACGUUCAGAAUGAAGACGUCAAGUCGAGCAGUAAUUUGGAGCCGAGCCGAUCCAAACCCCAGCAGGCCUGGAAGGAGACCACUUUGUACAGCCUCCAUAAAGGAGACGGCAAACCUCCCGUCACCAAGGUCUUCACCAAGAGCGGGGAGGGCAGACACCCAGGGUUCAGCGCGCCCGUCUCCAAACAGGACCCCGAGAGGAGCAAGCUGCUGUCCAGCCAGCUGGGGCGCCUUCUCUCUGAAACACCGAGCGCCCAGCAGGCCAGCAGGGGCGGCGCGACCGAGUGGCCUGAAGGUAAAGUCCACUACCUGAGCUACGUCCGGCCUGCUCCCGGCGAGAAUGCACAGCCACAGUCCAAGGUGGCGUUUACCUCCAAAAGCGAAAGGCCCAAUCUAGACCGACUUCUGCUGAAGGCCGGAUCGAACCGCCCGAACGGCAAAGAGCCGCUCGGUGUCAUGGAUG